CCGGGAACUUUGAUCUCGAGAUGUCGGGUAGGUACGCGAUCUAAAGGUUUGAGUUCAUAAAACUCUUAAAAUAUUAAUUAUCAAAUAUCAUGUGAUUAAAUCGUUAUCGAUGGAUAUGUGAUCAAUACUCGACUCAUUUAUCUAAAAAAACGCAUCAUGAUCGAUAGAUCAUUGUCAAUUUAAGAAACUAUUAGUCAGAGAUGGGUGUAAGCAAACAUUUUCAAAACAGCUAAAUGUUGGGUGAACUACGAGGGUUUUGAUCUCGAGAUGUCAAUUACGUAGGAAGCCUAUGUGCCCAAGUCCACUAAAAAACUAAUAUAUUUUUCCCCCUAAAAUCACCAGAAAUAUUAAUUCAUUCUUCCAAUGGAAUUAGAUGUUGGUGAACAUGUAAUAUAUUUUUAAAAUGACAUCACAUAUUCAAAGUUAAUCCAAAUAAUUUCAAUCAAAAAAAUAUAUCAAAUAAAAGGACAAAUCAAACUUAUAACAAUGAGGGUGCUAGUACCUUCCUAACCUGUAACCAGCCCGCAAACUCAUUAAUCCAUUUCGCAAACCAAGUAUAGCCCAAAUAUUAGCCGAUUUAAGUAUGGUUUUUCAAGUGUCCAAAUCCACUUUGAGAGACUGAUAGUAGCGACUCUACUGAUUCAUGUCACCACCUUACAGACGGAUCGCGUUUGCGACAACCGAUGUGACAGGUAGAUAGUGAAUCUAUAAAAUUAUAUGUGUUUUUGUGCUAAAACUGACCCAACCUCUUGGUGAAACCUCACUAUGCAUUCAUUGUUAUUGUCUCCAAUUCAUUAAUAUGUUUUUGUGAAAGUUCUUAUCUUCUCCAAGCAGUGCAGUCAAAAUCACGCUUUAAAGCGUAAAAUCGUAUGAUUUUAAGUUUUUAGGGUAGGAAAACGUUUCAAAUCACUAAUAAAAUCAUUUUUCACUCAAGAUCGGUCAAUAACGUUGUAAAAUCGCGUUUUCAGACCGUUUUUAUCUGAUUCCAAGCAAAGAAGAAACCUGUGUCCACCAAACCAAAACGGCGCCGUUUUGAGCACCCAAAAAAAGAAGGGAAAGGCGUGGAUAUCGGGCUUGGGCUGAGGCUGCAAUCCAUAAUCCGCCUUCUCCUCCUCGACAAACACUCCACCAAUCCCUAAUCAUUCGUCUCCACUCUCCAGCAAGGCAGCGUCAUCUCCUCGACGAACGUCCUUCUCAAGGCAGCACCCACCUUCUUAGCUCACCCGCUCUCCGAUGGCGGGCUGAUAUCUGUUCUCAGCUAACUAAAUUCAUUUAUGUUCCAUUCCUCCCCAUUAAAUCAACCAGCUGUUAGCUCAUAGUAUCCUCACAUGAGUUUUGAUUAUGUUUUCGGAAAGUAUAUUACAUCAGUUUGAGUUCAUGGGUGUUUGGAGGGGAUGGGAUCCCAUGCGUUUCAGUAACAUUAAGGUUAAAGUUUCCUUCUGUCCUUUAUAACAUUUGUUUGCUUUGAUUUCGAGAACUUGGAUUAUUAAACUCCUAUGUCAUUAUGUAAGUUUAAACCAGUUUGUGAGAAUUUGGAUUCCUAACUUGUUUGUCAGUUACGAUUUAUGUUUAUGAAGUUAUUGUUAAGAUGUUAUGAGCUUGUUUUAAUUUAGAUAUGAAUUGCAGGUAUUUAUUCUUUUAUAUAAACUCUGUGCACUCGUAUUUUACAUAGUUUAUGUCGUAUUUAAUAGAUUUUGAACAAUUAUAUAGGAUGCGUCAAAAACUUUCGCUUUUACGCUUUGAUUCACCGCUUUUCGAUUUUACCAUUUUCCACUAUUAGGUAGAAUCGCGCUUUUAACUCCAUUCUCUCCCAGAGACAUUUCUAUUAUUCUAGAACAAAAAAUUCACCUUCCACAAACCAGUAAUUUUGAUGUGCAAUCAAUAUAUCCGUAUGGGGGACACCCAAAUGUAUGGACCCUGACCUGCCCAUUAUUGCUUGAUUGCUUCCUCCAAUCCAUGAUAGAUCCAUCCAACAACCACUUCAUCUUUUACAACCUACGCAUUUACACCUCCAUCUCCCAUGUCUGUGAAGCUAAGAAAUUUUUUACAGUUACCUUGUCAGAAGGACAUCUAUAUAUGAUCGAAAGGCAAAGACCUAAAUCACGGUAAAGAACACCAAACAGAGAGCGGGUACUGGUGGCAGCUUAGAGUCUACAAAAGAAUGGAAGGAGACAGAGAAAUGACACCGUACGACUAACUGCCACCAUCUUCAACAUGCAAUAGCAGCAACAGAAAGCAGAGAGCAAGCAGAAAGCAGAGCAAUUACGCGGGCGACGACGAUCAGUUGACAGAGAACAAUUCAGAGUUUUCAGAUAUGCUAUCAGAUACUCCAACUAACUUGGACAAUGUGUCCGAGAGAAGGCGCGUCCGCGAAGCAUUCAAAGACAUUCAGCACCAGAUUGACCAUUGCCUCAUGAAGAUCCCGUACGAAGGGCUGAAGAUAGAGGAGUCUAUUGAAGUGAACAGCAGGGGACUGGAGAUAUUCUCCAAAAGCUGGCUUCCAGGGGGAAACUCUGCCCCACCAAAAGCACUGGUCUUCUACUGCCAUGGCUACGGCGAAACCUGCACCUUCGUCUUCGAAGGAGUCGCCAGGAAGCUAGCGCUCUCCGGGUACGGUGUAUUCGCUCUCGACUAUCCGGGUUUCGGGCUCUCCCAAGGUCUUCAUGGCUACAUCCCGAGCCUCGACUUGCUCACCUCGGACGUAGCCGAGCAUUUCUCCAAAAUCAGAGAUAAGCCGGAGCACCGCGGGCUCCGAAGCUACUUGUUUGGGCAGUCAUUGGGAGGAGCCGUUGCCCUGAAGGUGCACCUGAAGCAGCCUAAUGAUUGGGAUGGUGCCAUUCUUGUUGCCCCUAUGGUCAAAUUUGCAGAGAACAUGGUUCCCAAUUGGAUACUGCUCAAGAUUCUAAUCGGAGUAGCUCACCUCUUCCCCAAGCUGAAAAUAGUCCCACACCAGAACUUUGUCAAGAUGGCAUUCAGAGACCCCAAGAAGCGAGAUCUGGCAGCUUACAAUGUGAUUGCUUACAAGGACACGGCCAGGCUGUGGACUGCGCUGGAGUGUCUGCGGACAACCCAGGAGCUGGAACGUUGCUUACACAAGGUUGCUCUGCCGCUCCUGAUACUGCACGGAGAGGCCGAUGUGGUGACGGAUCCGUCGGUGAGCAAGGCAUUGUACGAGAAAGCAAGUUGCCAAGACAAGAAGCUGAGGCUUUACGGCGAUGCUUACCAUUCUCUUCUGGAAGGGGAGACCGACGAGGUCAUCUCCACGGUUGUGGGCGACAUUAUCUCUUGGCUUGAUCAUCGUCAUGCUGUAGAAUUCAGCAACCUUAAAUAACUGUCGGCUCGUGCGUACUACUGUGGCAUCAAGUUGCUGAUUGAUUGAUUGAUUCGUUCAUUCUCCUACCUAUCCUUCAUCAUCAUCAUCAUGGGACUCUGCUCCACCUAUUCAAUGUUCUGGGGCCAAGGAAACAAAAUAAUGUGGAUGUUGACAUUCAUGGCAUUCAAUGUAGUCCUUUUGUAAUAAUUUGGUGCCCAUUUCCCAUGUUUAUGACUUGUGGGUGGGCUGAAAUGGUUGGUAUGUGUAUUUUGCAAUUUGCAUGUAAGUUAGUUUUCUACUUUGGCUAUGAAGACUGAAGAGGUUAUGCAAUUUCUGUCUCUACGUGUUUGUUAGAAGGAAAUCUAGAUUUUAUAUAGGAGGUUAUGUUGGAUUUUUAUUAUUUCAGGGGUCUUUUGGUUUUGGUUGUUGUUUGGUUGAGAUAGUUAUAAUGUAUGCAUUGUCCACAAUGCAUUAUUUUUUUUUGGAUUUUUUGCACAAACUAUACAUGCAUUGUUUGCUUGAUGUGAUGGAAACUAUCACUCAAAAUGAGUGAUAGUACUAUCUCAAGUUUUUGGCGAGAAUGUUGAGAUUGUUAGAGUGUUUUCUACUUCCAACUAUGUCCCUACCUUUUGAUAUGUUUUGCUUUUUUAUAGGGCUAAUACCACUGGAAAUACCAACCUUUACCGAAAGUGCUAUUUAUAUUACAGAAUUUCAAUAAUCACAAAAAUACUCUAACCUAUUGGGAUUCAAUGUCAUUUGUGUUACACGAAUUUCAGUUGACUGUUAGAGUUAACAGUUGACUUAACGGUAGUCAACUUAUGUUUGACCAUUAAUGAUGUGGCGCUUAUGUGUCAUCCAUAUAUGUUCCACAUAAGAAAUAAAUAUUUUAAAAAAUUAAAUUAGCAUUACAAUUAAAUAAUAAACAAUUUCCCAAAAAUUAACACAAAAAAAUCCCAAAAAAAUUCUCAUUCACGGCAGACUCGUCGUGAUCUCCCCGCCGCCUCAGGACCUCACUCCAAAUCAAAGUCGACAUCCUCCUCAGUCCUCACCCAUCGUUUCUGCCAUGUACAUGCCGCAUCUCGUUGGAUCGACGACAAGGGAGGCUGGAUCAUUGACUGCCACAAGAGUCGAUCAAAACUACCAAAAUCAUCUCCUUUCCUUUCCCCUUCAACCGACGGAAACCCAGCUCCGAUCGAUUUUAGAUCAGCAUCCUUCGCAAUUUUUCUUUCCUCCUCUGCAAAUUGACUUCAUUUGUAAAGGAAAAUCUAGAGAGCCCAACCCCAAUUCCUAUCCAAACCCGACCAAUUCGAUCGAUCGCCACCAGACGGCAUUAGCGUCGCUGUUCUCCUCCAGCUAUUCGAAUGAUAAAAUCCUUUAACCAUUGGAUUAACACAAUCCUCCAUUUUCCAUAACUGACGGAAAAAUCUGUUAACACAAUCUUAUCGCCGAGUUUGGGCCUUUGGGGAAACCCUCUCUAUUGUCGGCGAGAGUUUGGGCGCCAUUGGAAUCCGUCUUUGGAUGACUCCUCCGUCGCAUUUUCUCUCUCCUCCCUUUUUGAAUUGAUUCUAUACCAGACCCCUCUCUCCCCUGAAAACAACGAUGACGGUAGAUCUAGAGAUUCUGAAGCUGCUCGACUCUGCCAACAUGUCUCCUCUACCAUGGAUUUCUCCGGGAGGUCGAGACUUGGCCGCUGCGUCGAGUCUUCAGGCUUCAAAGAGAGAUGUCGCUAGAAAUGGUGUCGGGGGAGGGACGCCGCCGGAAAUACGAUGAGAAAGUUGGACCAACGGCGAUACCCAUAAAGUGAGGAAGUGGAAUCAUCUAUAGUGGGAAGAAGAAAGUCUGAAGCCCCCGCCUCCACGACCCAGAUUGAUUCCACUAACCUUGUUGAUUUUGAGAAUUUUUUUCAAGGGUUCUACCUCUGUUCAUGGCUCGAGAGCAAAGAGGAAAGGGUGAGAAUGAAAUGAAACGUAUGGC